GUUACUUUUUUUUAAUUAAUUUCAACAUGUUUCUCCGUUUAUGUUUUUACAUUAUCCAUCCUUUUCCUCCGUAGACUCUACGAGGUUUGUAAGCCGUAUGGGUGGUAGUGACGAAACUCGGGACGGGAAACCCGGCCGUAAAGUUGGUUCGGGGGUCGAGCGUGAAAAUGGCGAAUGUAGCGGCGUCUGGUACAUAACUGGUGUGAUGAUACGUGAGAUCCUAGAGGAGGAAGAGGACACGUCGACGAAACGCGAGGGAAUACAUUCGGACAGCGCAGGCGCGCCGUACGCGCAAAUAGCGUACGUCGUGGAGAUCUCUACAGUUCACUUGCACACGAAGACUCGCACGAGGAUCUUAGAUGUCGGAUUAGGUACGGAAUGCACCGGUCCGCCGUCAAAAUGACUGUUAGUUUCAUGUUUUACGCAUGCAUUCAUGUUUCGAUUCGUUCUCUCCCGAGGUGUGAUUCACGCGAAAUUAUUCGAAUUUAAAAUCUGCUCGUCGAACACGAGCAAGGAUCUGCACGGUCCUUCGCGCCGAAGACUGCAGGGAAUGAACUUUUUUCCAACGGUCAUGUAUAGACAAUGUAGAACUUAGCACUAAUUUACGUUUAAUCUGAUUGAUUAAACAUACAUUAAGCAAUAAAUUGUUCUGGUCCAUUCCUAAAAUAAAAAAAAAUAUA